ACUUACUGGGGCACCUCAGACGGCGGUCUCUGGAGUUGAGGAGUUGGCAAGAGAGGAAGAAGUCUGAUCAGUCUGUAAGGAUGCAGGCGUCGGUCUUGAGUUGGUAAAAGAUUGCUGUGCGGUUCUCGCCAGACUCUCAUGCAAUGUGCACCGUCUACACUUGUUUAGCGCUGUGUAAGGUACCUCGACCUGCCUUCACAAAUCUAAACAGGAUCAAAUAUCAUCACUUUAACGAACCGGUAAACUCGCCAGGGCACCUCAGACGAUGGCACCCGCUAUCAGCACGACGCAUUGCAGGGAAGAGAUUUGGUCGAGAUGGGUUACUUCAUUGCAAUUGUUGUGCAGUGUUCGCCAUAGGUGUAUAUACUAUGUGUACUGUGUACACCCAGCUACCACCGGCUGAAGCACCUUGUUCAGCUUUCCCAAAUCUCACAGAGAUGCGAGUCUAUCAUUUUGGAAAGUCAGUAAACUCGCUAGGCGCUAUCCCGCGGUCACCACGAGGCAAUACAGCAAGCACGACGGAGGAGAAAUUUGACCAACUGGAAUUCAUUCAUCUAUGUUCUCAUAUUGGCAUGCAACAAACACGCACUAGCUACACUUCUCCAACGCCGUCUGAAGUUCUUCAACGUAUUUUUUUCACGCACUCCAAUGAGAUAGAAAAUCUUCAUCUUGGACGAUCAGUAAGCUGGCUGGGGCACCUCAGACGUUGUCGUCACAAUGGCAAUACAGGGAAGAAAUUUGAGCAAAUGGGUUGAUUCAUUUAAAUGAUAUGAAGUUCUGUGCAGCUAGCUACACCUCUCCAGCGCCGUCUGAAGCCCCUCAACAUACUUUCACGCCUUCAAACGGGACAGAAAGUCAUCAGCUUGCAUGAUCAGUAAACAGGCUGAGCCACCUCAGACGGUGUCGUCA